GCCCUUGGAGGGUAAAUUACUCAAGGAUUGAGGUUGAUGUCAGAGAUUGCUGACGUGCACAAGAUGAAGGUCUACGGCUGGAUAGCAGUGGCUGUGUUGCUCGUUCAGGCUCAACAAGGGUCCCCUUCCAAGGUGCACGUGUCUGAAGGGCAAACGGUGGAGCUCAAGUGUCCUCCCGCCUCUGCACCCCCGGUCCGCUGGAUGAUAAAAGUGAAUGGGAGCCUGGUUUCCCUGCUGGACCACAACGAGGGCGGACACUUCAGCGUUGCCGCGGACAACCGCACUCUGACGGUGCAGCGGGCGCUAUCAGAGCACAGCGGCCUGUACCACUGCCAGGGUAAGAACACAGUGUACCUUAAGGUGGAUCCGCCCCUUCAGGUGGACCAACCAGUCCAACCAGUAGUCACCUCUGCUGACUACUGGUGGAUCCCGGUGGGCCUGGCACUGGGCGCGGCCCUGGUCAUUCUGAUUCAUAGGAAGCACCGUUCCAGGGAAACACUUCAAAACCACAGGAACGACCCUACACCCGACCUCGUAGUGACCUCUGACCCGACCUCUGAAGGGGUGUACGAAGAGAUCCCGGACCAAGGCGACGUCCUGCGACGGGAAUCAGGCGGUGCAGCCGUUUAUCAUCUGGCCUAUGCCCCGCCCCACGGGAUGGGUGAGAGUAACUGUGCGUGGAACAGGAAGUCCGUCCUCCACAGAGACUCCAUGCUGGCGGCGGCGGUCAUCUACCAAGAGAUGUACGGCCACCCAGACGGCGGCGUCCCCGCCACCUUCCACGUCCUCUACAUGAUUGGCUGGAAGCCUCACGAGUCCCAGGCCCGGCCGGCCAAGCGAGGGUCCGCUACGGUGUCGUUCAGCGACCUGACCCAGGUGGGCCGCACCGUCACCAAGGAGACGCCGUAGAGACGCCGGACCCCGGCCAGAACAUUCUAUUCAUGUUAUAAUAAUGUACAUAGUGUGGGAUUUAAAGUGUUGGCCUUUUUAAAGAUGAACCCCAAUAAACAAGCUUUGAGAG